AAACACUUGACUCAGUCUUAAACACCGUUUAGCUAGAUUAAAUCACUUGUUUUUUCUGGUGAAAACAGCAUGCAUUUCAAACUCGCUAUUAACUCAAGAAGCAUUUUUUACUGCAUUUCCAGACUAUGUUAACUUUAUCUAGCCAAAAUUCUUCAAGUGAAAACACAGCCACAUAAAUUCUGAAGUUCAAAAUUUAAUAACUUAUUGUGUUGCUACUUACUGUAUCAAAAUCAUGACAACAAUGAAAGGAACCAGGUAAAGCAGAUUCAAACUCAAAGUGGAUCAAAAUCCAUCAUUUCCGAACUGGUGACAUGAACUUUUGAACCCUCAGAACUUUUUCUGGUUCUUGAAAUUUUCUGAAAAUAAAUUUUCAAUCGACAAUAUCAGUCAUUAAUAAUAGGGUUAAAGCUUCCUAUGCAGCCACUUCAUUAGACCUUGAAAAAGUGACCCUUAAUAAAGCUAGUUGCUAACGAAUAUGGGCUCUCAUAAAGAACCAUAGAUUGAAACAAUAGAACCUGGUCUCUUUUGUGAUUUAAGCACAAAACUCAGGACAUGUUAAUGGUCAUUCAUGGUUUUCUCAAAAUUAUAUAUAGUCUGAAAAUGGCUGCUCAAAGUGAUAUAUGGAAGACAUGGUUGCCACAGAUAUCCUUUUUCAAAACUCCCUGACUUUUUCCUGAUAAAAAGAAAAUUUAAAUGACCAAGGAAAUACAAAAUGUCACGUCUAGCAGCGGCCUCUUCUUCCACUCAUUCAUUAAGAGUGAAAAUUUUCAAGAAAUUUUCCUUCGUUAAGGUAAAAUCAUUGUCCAGAUAACAGUGACCCCAAAUGUUUCUUCCCAUCGUUAAUGGUAUCGAAUCAGCCGUCUUAAGUCACUUCAAUUUUCCCUGACUUUUCUUCAAAAUAUGAAUUUUAUACCACGCCAUAGCAAAUACAGCCAAUCAGAAUACAGGGAAGCUAUUUUAUAUUUGAGAGUAUUACAUCCAACCUUCCCAUUAUGCACCAUGAGUAUCUUCAACAUUGAUUCUGUUGGCCACUGUAGUUCUAUAGCAUGGUAUAAAAUAGUUAUGCAAAUUUGCUCUCUCGUGGUACACCGUGAAACAUCCCACUUGUCACUUGUAUUUUCUCAGUAUAGAUACAAGACUUUACUUGUGGGAUUUAAUUCCAUGGUAUACCACUGGAAAGCAUUGCAUAACAAGUAUUUAUCUUGAAAUGCCGUCUGAUGUUUUCUAUUGUAUUGUGAAAGAAAGAAAACAAAGACUCAGAAUAGUGGUACUGCAUAACUACUCACUGUUUGUAACAAAGAAAAAUACGUGUAAAUCAGAAUGACAAGUGCAUUACUGUCAAGUUGCUUGACUGCGUAGAAUUGACCAGUUUAGUAAUCCAAGCCUGGUUAUUUUCUUAAUCAGUAUAGAAGACUGAAUUUAUAUGUAUUUUGAUUUAUUUACAAUUGGUGUUCAUGUAACUGCUGAAUGAACUGACUGUGUUUGGAUGUUUCAUGCAGAAACUCCCAACCUUUUCAUAAUAAGUCAAAUUAUUCUUGCAUUCUGAUUGGUUCUUACUUAUGAUGAAUGAGAGGACAGAUGUAUAGAAUGACAUCAUCAAUCUCUUUUCGAUUGGCUGGAUAUAUAAAACAGAUAGAUUCCAUCUUGCCAUGCAUCUGUUCAGUAACUGAUCACAAAAGACAUCAAAGGUGGUAAGAACACUAGUGGCACACUCGGCUAUUGCCUUGUGUGCCACUUUUUUGGUCUUACCACAUUAUGAUGCUAUCUGUGAUCAACAUACCGUUUUACAGUUGUCUGCUUAGUGACCAGGCUUUUAAAUAACAGAAAGGCUGGAGGUGACUUUGUUUUGAUACAGACCUCACUGCUUUUGUUGUGAAAAUCAAGUUGUUCUGAUGCAAACUACUUUCCAUUUAAUGAGAAAAUUAGAUACGUUUGCAUCGUUCAUAGCUAGGUCACCCUCAACUUGCAUUUAUAGCCCAGGAAACUGAGCACAAAACUGCAAAAUGACUUAUUACUCAACAAAAACACAGCAACUAUUUGUUAGCUUGAGAUAUGAUGAAAAUCCCAACUAAAAACCUAAACAAGAACCAAAAACCUUUUUUUUUACUUAGGGAGAUGGAAGACAAAGACUUAACCCAAGAGACGAAGACGCAUUGUCAUCAGUAUUGAGAGCGUCAAGUCCUUCCCCCAUCUACCCAGCCAUCGGAAACAUGAAUUUAUCAACAGACCUCACUCAAGGAGGUGGAAGACAAAGACGUAACCCAAGAGACGAAGAUGUAUUGUCAUCGUUAAUCGGAGCGCCAAGUCCUCUCCGCAUCCACCCAGCCAUCGGAAACAUGAAUUUAUCAACAGACCUCACUCAAGGAGAUGGACGACUAAGACUUAACCCAAGAGACGAAGACGCAUUGUCAUCUGUAUUGAGAACGUCAAGUCCUUCCCCCGUCCGCCCAGCCAUCGGAAACAUGAAUUUAUCAACAGACCUCACUCAAGGAGAUGGACGACUAAGACUUAACCCAAGAGACGAAGACGCAUUGUCAUCUGUAUUGAGAACGUCAAGUCCUUCCCCCGUCCGCCCAGCCAUCGGAAACAUGAAUUUAUCAACAGACCUCACUCAAGGAGAUGGACGACUAAGACUUAACCCAAGAGACGAAGACGCAUUGUCAUCUGUAUUGAGAACGUCAAGUCCUUCCCCCGUCCGCCCAGCCAUCGGAAACAUGAAUUUAUCAACAGACCUCACUCAAGGAGAUGGACGACUAAGACUUAACCCAAGAGACGAAGACGCAUUGUCAUCUGUAUUGAGAACGUCAAGUCCUUCCCCCGUCCGCCCAGCCAUCGGAAACAUGAAUUUAUCAACAGACCUCACUCAAGGAGAUGGACGACUAAGACUUAACCCAAGAGACGAAGACGCAUUGUCAUCUGUAUUGAGAACGUCAAGUCCUUCCCCCGUCCGCCCAGCCAUCGGAAACAUGAAUUUAUCAACAGACCUCACUCAAGGAGAUGGACGACUAAGACUUAACCCAAGAGACGAAGACGCAUUGUCAUCUGUAUUGAGAACGUCAAGUCCUUCCCCCGUCCGCCCAGCCAUCGGAAACAUGAAUUUAUCAACAGACCUCACUCAAGGAGAUGGACGACUAAGACUUAACCCAAGAGACGAAGACGCAUUGUCAUCUGUAUUGAGAACGUCAAGUCCUUCCCCCGUCCGCCCAGCCAUCGGAAACAUGAAUUUAUCAACAGACCUCACUCAAGGAGAUGGACGACUAAGACUUAACCCAAGAGACGAAGACGCAUUGUCAUCUGUAUUGAGAACGUCAAGUCCUUCCCCCGUCCGCCCAGCCAUCGGAAACAUGAAUUUAUCAACAGACCUCACUCAAGUUAGUAAACUGUCUACAUUUCCUUUGUAAAUUGCUAUCUCUGGGAAUGAUCAUACACUUACGGAGAUUUUGUGAUCUCUAUAAACCGUCUAUAAAUUUUAGUACAUGUUUGGCUUUCAGAUUGCACGAAAUGUCCAUACGAUGUUGUUAUUUUUCUUGUAAAUGUUUUCCAAAGUUAACAUACAUUUUACGCAAUGUUCAAUUUGCUUUUGCAGAAGGUACACAAAAGAAAUUUUAAAACCUUUCUUUGUGCCUUUCAACGAUUGCGCUUUCACUAGACCGAUUAACUAGCUGAACAUUCUUUUGAGGUGUUUGUUUACAG